AUGAUUGAUUGGUCGCAACAACCGACGCAGCGUAUUGUCUACUUACACAUGUCGCAUCUGAUCGCCCUGGGAGCUGAGUCGGGCAAGAUAGGCCGCCUGUUUGCGAUGAUGAUACAUAUGUACGCGGAGAAAGUAGGGGCUUCGCAUACUUUUCUGGCAUAUGUCUCAUUGGAGAGUACCCUCGCGCGUGUCAUGCUUAUCCCUUAUGUGCACCUUCAGAUUGUAGCGGGUGGCGAAGAACCGAUGGCAGGAUGGACACUUUACGCCGCCCGUUUUGCAGUUCCACCC